AUGGCACAGAUGUCAGCCAUAGGUUCGGGUGGUAUACUUCGGGUGAGCUAUAUCUCAAAGUGCCCACACCUAACGUAUGGCCGUAUCGGCUCGCAGUUUGCCUAUCAAUGUUGUGAUCAGUGGCUAAACCAAAGUCACACACAUAAAUUGGAUGAUAAGAUAUAUGCCGUUAAAAGAGUACAAUUUAAGGAUUUUAGUGAAGAAAAGAAACAAAAUGCUGUAAAAGAAGUAAAAAGUUUGGCAAAAAUGGAGUCAGAAUUUGUGGUCAAAUAUUACAACUCAUGGCUUGAGUCCAAUCAUCUCUACAUUCAAAUGCAAUUCUGUUUACAAAAUCUUCGAUCACUUCUCAAAGACAAACCCAUUGUCUUUCAAAGACAACCGGAAGACCAGAUGAAUGCCAUCGAGUAUUUCAUUUCAUGUGAAAUAUUCAAAGAGCUCUUAGAGUGCGUCCAAUAUCUACACAAAUCCAAUCCACCGGUCAUUCAUCGGGAUCUCAAACCGGCAAAUGUAUUAAUUGAUCACAACUUCAGUUUUAAUCGUUGUGUAAAACUGUGUGACUUUGGUUUAGCCACUGAUCACAACAUUGAUAGGCAAACUGCGAGCCGAUACGGCCAUACGUUAGGUGUGGGCACUUUGAGAUAUAGCUCACCCGAAGUAUACCAUUAUAAGCAAUAUAACCACAAAACAGACAUUUAUAGUCUCGCACUAAUCGCCGAAGAGAUCUAUAGUAUUGAUCCACAAAAUUCGCAUUCGUCUCAAGCAAUUGAAACCGAGUUUAAUAUAUAUUAUACUUUACAGUCAAUGCAGUCGAGUCCUGAUUAUAAGCAAAGGCCUGAGUGUCGGGAAGUGUUGGCCAAACAUAACGAGUGGUCUAUCGAUAAGACUAGCUUCGAUGCCGAGAAGGGCAAUUCUAUGGGCAAAUGUGAUUAUAUAGAGUGCAACUACUCAUACAUAGUGUUAUAA